CUAAAUAUUUUAUUUAGAGAACGAUUAUCCCUCACUGCUACCGUGUGCUGUCAGUCUGUUAUUUAUAGACCAUAUAGUUGGCAGCCGCAGCUGAGUAAUAUUAAGAGACGUAAGAGGACCCUGCAGGACAGGAAAUCGAGGACACUAAACCGUGGAGACAAUGCUGUUCAGAUUCGGCGUCAUUCUCACCCCGGAGUCUGCAGACGUGGAGGUGCUUGUUGUGGGUUCACGUGUGGAAAUGGGUCAGUGGGACCUGAGCAGAGCUGUAUAUAUGAAACCGUCACAAAAGCUAACGUCCACGCAGGAACCGGGUCUGUGGUUCUGCGACGUGCAGCUGGCCGAACCGUGCAGCGAGCCGCUGUGGUUCAAGUUCGUCAAAAAGAACGGAGGAAACUACAUAUGGGAAGGUAGCAGCCCCACCCAUGACCGUUGCUGUUGCUAUGACAAGAGGAACAUGGUCGACGGAGUGCACUGCCAUCCAAUUGGUCACUGGAUAGAUGAAACAGGACACACAGAUGAGAUGAAACACACCACAAGAUUUUACUUUAUUGUGGCCGGUCAGAAGGCCAUGCACUUUUCCAGGGUGCUUCCACGCACCUGGCUGGGCAGUUGUCCGCGGCAGGUAGAGCAUGUGACAAUCAAGAUGAAGCACGAGUUGGGUAUCACCGCCGUCAUGAACUUCCAGACAAAGUGGGAUGUAAUAAACAACUCGCACGGCUGCAGACGCAACCCCGAGGAAGCCAUGACCUCGGAGACCAUGAUGCAUCUGUACAGAGACUGUGGCCUGGUGUAUGUGUGGCUGCCCACCCCUGACAUGAGCACAGAGGGUCGCAUCAGGAUGCUCCCUCAGGCUGUCUACCUUCUCCAUGGUCUCUUAGCCAACGGUCACACCGUCUACGUUCACUGUAAUGCCGGAGUAGGCAGGUCGACGGCCGCCGUCUGCGGUCUGCUCAUGUAUGUCCUUGGCUGGAGUCUGAGGCGGGUGCAGUACUUUGUUGCCCUCAGGAGGCCAGUAGCGUACAUCGACGAGGAGGCUUUAGUCCAGGCUCAGGCAGACUUUGUCCAGAAGUUUGGAAACUUGACACCGUCCUUCUCCUACCUGGAGAGUUAGGCUUUUUUUUUUGUUUGUUUUGAGUUUCUGUACUCCCACAUUUUUCUACUUGCACAGUUUUUUUUUCUUCCAACUAUGAAAAGCAACAAUCAGAGGCACUAAAGAAGGCACGCUUGUUUUACAAUAAUAAUAAUAAUUACCAUCUAGAUCAUAGAACACAAGUGGGGACUUGUGGUCACAGCACAAUCACUUCCAGGGUGAAAUACCAUCUCAAUGAUCAGCAAAUACUUUCAUGGAGGCCUAAACCUCAGGGCAGACAUUCGACUUGCAUCAGACCAGCUUCACCGAUGCAGAGAAGUAAUUAAGUCUACGGCGGACAUACUGACUGACAAGAUUGACAAGUGGAUUCUGAGGGACUGCAGACUGAUUUAUAUUGUUUUUGCUGCACAUUCUACCACGCACCUUUUUUUCAUAAUCAUAAUGUCAUCAUUUUGAUAGUUACAAAAAAAACAUCUUCCUGCUGUUGUUUGACUUUCUGUUCCAGCGCUGCGCAGAAUGUUCUUGUACUUUGUUGAUUUAUCGUGAAUAAUUGUGAUUAAUUGAGAUCUUUUUUUUACAAUCACUACCAGUUAUGCUUAAUCAUGAUUGAUCCGUAGCAAUUAAUCAGACUAGGAAUUGUUUGACAGCCCUACUUUAAUUAAAUGAAAAAGAAAAACAGGAAGACUUUUGCACAGUACUGUACUAUGUGUUUCACAUUCUAAUCUUCUGACCCUAAAUAUUACCUUCUGUCAAAUAAAGCACUUUAAAUCAGCCGAGAACACUGUUAACAGGUUUAAAGAACAGCUACAGGGGACUGUGAAAUGCCACUUCUUUUUUGCAACAGUUGUAAUCAUCAAUAAACAGUGCUGACAUUAUGAAAGGUGACUCUGAGCGUACAGUAUGUGUGAAACAGCAGAAACUAGAAUCCAACAAAUCCAGCCAAAUAUCAAGCCUUUAAAAGUGAGUUUUACAAAAAAAAAACAGACUUUAAGGAAUUGAGGCUGUUUUUUUUAAAUAUUAAUAUAAACUUGUUUUUUUGGUUCAAUUGUUCUUUCUGUUACUUUUUGCAUGUCCUGAUGCAUGAUGGUCUGAAUAUGAAAUCAUUAUUUACCAACUCUUUCAGCUGUCCUUAUUUUAUAGCAAAAUCUGGCAUAAAAAAGGCAACAAAUCUCUUUUUUUUUUUUUUUUGAAAAAAAGACAAUGUCUCUCCAUGUCUGUCACGGAGCCAUUCUGUCCACAGAUUUUGAAGAAUGCAGCUCUGCCCUAUCCUUUCCUGGGAGCUUGAUAACGUUUCAUCUUUAUUCAUUUAUCUGGCACAUCAUUUUCAGAUCCAUCUCCUCGGAAGCAAAAAAUAGCACAGUUGGCAGGCCCCUUUAUUUCAUACGAAAUAGAAAUAUUAUUAAAUCAUUGGAAUAUUGUUCCUCUGCCUUGACAUAUAAUAAGGACAUGUAACUUUUUCCAAGAAACAGUUUAUGCUGCAAGUCCCUGAUGUCAAUAGUCAGUAGUGACACAUAAUCUAAAUACCACAGGGCAAACCCAAACAAAACCCCCAAAGAAAGAGAAAAAUGAAAGUCCUUGAACAGUUAAGGACAAGAACCAGUGUCUCCGUGAAGAUGUCUUAUGAGUCAAUAAGACAUAUUUAUGUCUUAUAUUUAUUAUAUUAGAUUUAUGUCUGUCACUGCGAGAGUGACACAAACUAUUACUUGACAUUUACCAUGACAUCAAAUCUUAGGGAUUGUUCCGGUAAAACUACUCCCAUGUUUAAUUCAUUUUUCAACUGUAAAAAACAAAUUUAUCAAACAAAACAUUUACAGAACAUUCAGUGGGUCCAUAUACUUUCGAGUUUUGCCUCAUUUCUUACUAAGUUUUCCAACGAAAGAGGGUUUGGUUCAAAAAGACAAGUCAUUUAAAGGCUCAUUAAAUAUUAUUUUCCUUAAUUAUUCAUAUCUGUGAGAUGGAUGAGCCAGGCUCUCUGGACUGGGAUGGCACAUUCACUAGAAAUGCACUUUUAAUUACACCUGUGAGUGCGACAACAGCCACAAAAGUUUCACUCUGGAAGGGUGAACACACUUCCAUUCAAUAAGCCCUUUGACUGCAGAGACAAGGUUUUGGCACGAGCUCCACACAUAUAAAACACUUACGUCCAGGCAGAUCUAUUAGCUGAACCAGUUUACAACAGGCUUUUAUUCAUCACUGGCAUCUAAAGCCUCUUACCUGGGCAGAUGACACCACAGGUCAAACAUUAAAAGGAAUCACAGAUGAUUUAUAUGCAUCACAUCAGUCUUGGCAGCCACGACCAAUUUGCUUAAUAGACUCCAAAACCAGUCACGUCAUUUGCAUUGUCUGGUUUCUCCAUUUGGGCCUACAAAAAACCUAACAAUAAAGACACCGUUCUCGACUCUGCUUCGAGUCACUGUGUCAGGGACUGACUGUAAAGUACCGACUGCAGCCUCAGACUUGCAGACAUUCUGUAUUAACAGCUUUUUAUAUUUUUCAACAGAUUCCACCAGUAGCUGAUCCGGAUGGAACUGGAAGUUGAAUCAACAGCAGUAACAGUCAGGUCGACAGAACUUGAUUUUUAUGGGGAAAAAAGAUUUAAACCUAAAACCGAGUACUACCGGGGACGAGUACUACAGACUUAUAUCCUGGCAAAUAAGCUGGGAUCACCAACUAUGGAUGUAUGUCAGAGGGAUGGAAUUUUUCUGGACAGACAACUUGGGAACCAGACACUGAAAUAAAAA